AUGAAUUUUGAAUCCCAGCUCACUCCAUUCUAUCGGAUGGUUCCCAAUGAACAACAUCAAUAUGUAGGAAUUGUCCAUCUCCUGCUGCAUUUCCAGUGGAAGUGGGUGGGGAUGGUUGCAACAGAUAAUGACAAUGGAGAGAAAUUCAUGCAGACCUUACUGCCAAUGUUUUCCCAACAUGGAAUCUGCACAGCCAUCAAUGAAAAAACACCAGCCAUAUCUCAAACUGUAGACAAUUUUAGUUCAUCAUUACUCAACUGGGCCAACAGCUUUUCUCCGACCAUCUCAAAAGUUAAUGUAUUGGUUGUAUGUGCAGAACCUCAAACCAUUACAGCUUUGAUAUGGAUUGAUAUGGUAUUUUCAUACACUGAAGGUAACACACAGUUUUUUACUGGGAAAGUAUGGAUUAUGACAGCUCAAUGGGAUUUCACAUUAGAAACAUUACAGAGAAAUUUUAAUAUACAAAACUUUGAUGGUGCCUUGUCAUUUGCAAUUCAGUCAACUGAAAUGAUAGGCUUCACGAGAUUCCUGCAGCUCUUGCAUCCCAACUUUCCCAAAGGAGAUGGUUUCCUCAGGAUAUUCUGGCAAAAGGCAUUCAACUGCUUAUUUUCUGAUUCUAGUGAGAAUGAGGAAAGGAUUGACAUUUGUACCGGUGAAGAGAAAUUGGAGGACCUUCCUGGUGGCCUUUUUGAAAUGAGCAUGACUGGCCAAAGUUACAGCUCCUAUAAUACAAUCCAGGCCAUUGCACAUGCUUUACAUAGGAUGUACUCAUCCAGGCCUAAAUACACAUCAGUGGCAGGCACAAGAAGAUGGGAUAAUACAAAUCUGCAACCUUGGCAGCUUCACUCUUUUCUGCGGAGCAUAACAUUUAAUAAUAGUGCUGGGGACUUUGUGUCUUUUGAUAAGAAUGGUGAAUUAGAAGCUGGAUUUAAUAUUAUAAACUGGGUUACUUUCCCCAAUCAAUCCUUACUAAGAGUGAAAGUUGGAAGGAUGAAUCCAAGAGCUUUACAAAAUCAAAAGUUCAGCAUUAAGAAGGAUGUCAUCACAUGGCACAAUUCAUUUAAUCAGGUGCUGCCUCUUGCUGUGUGUAAUGAUAAGUGCUAUCCAGGCUUCAGCAAAAAAAAGAUGGAGGGGAAGUCAUUUUGCUGCUAUGAUUGUACUCCAUGUCCAUAUGGGAUGAUUUCAAAUCAAACGGAUAUGGAUAAUUGUUUCAAAUGCUCAGAAGAUAAAUUUCCAAACAAGGAACAUGAUCAAUGUCUUUCAAAGUUUCUAAGUUUUCUCACUUUCUCAGAACCACUGGGGAUUAUUUUAGCUUCUUUGACUCUCUGUUUUUCUCUGAUCACAGCUUUGAUUCUUGGAGUCUUCACUAAGCAUUCCAACACCCCCAUUGUCAAAGCCAACAAUCGGGAACUCACCUACACUCUUCUUAUCUCCCUAUUACUCUGCUUCCUCUGUUCGUUGCUGUUCAUUGGCUGCCCUAACACAUUGACCUGCUAUUUACGGCAAACUGCUUUUGGUAUCGUAUUCUCAGUUGCUGUUUCUUGCAUAUUGGCCAAAACUAUCACUGUAAUUUUGGCUUUCAUGGCCACCAAACCAGGAUCCAGAAUGAGGAAAUGGGUAGGAAAAAAGAGAUCUAAUGCUAUUAUUAUUGGUUGCUCCUUUAUACAAGCCUGCAUUUGUGCUAUAUGGCUACUUAGUUAUCCUCCACAUCCUGAUUUUGAUAUGCACUCUCAGGCUGAAAAAAUCAUAGUGGAGUGCAAUGAAGGUUCUGUAUCUAUGUUUUAUUGUGUCUUGGGUUACCUGGGAUUCUUGGCCAUUGUCAGCUUCAGUGUGGCUUUCCAGGCCAGAAAGCUGCCAGACAGUUUCAAUGAAGCAAAGUUCAUCACUUUCAGCAUGUUGGUGUUUUGCAGUGUUUGGUUAUCCUUUGUUCCAACUUACUUGAGCACCAAAGGAAAAUACAUGGUGGCUGUGGAGAUCUUCUCCAUCUUGUCCUCCAGUGCUGGGUUACUGGGAUGUAUAUUUUUCCCCAAAUGCUACAUAAUUAUCCUGAGGCCUGACUUAAACAGCAAAGACCAAUUAGUUAGGAGAAAUUAG